ACUCGUUUGGCUACUGUAAGUAUUGAUAGAUGGAUAGAUAUAUAGCUUAUUUGGAUUGAUUUCUGUAUUGUUUAUUCUUAGAAAUCCAGCUCAUCCGGUGUUCAGUAUAGACAAUAAGAAAAUGGCACGUUCUCUAACAUACUAUUUCUUCGCAAUUUUACUAAUUUUAAGUACAAUUACAUUAGUUUGCUGGCGUUUGAUGACAUCUUCGUUCGCUAUGUCUUUACUACGGCCAGACGGGAGCAAAGUAAACGAAGAUGGUUUGUUGAUGUCAUGGAAACCACAUAAACAGCAAACAAAGGCGCAGCAAACGUGCGGCAAAGGAUUCAAUCUAAGAGGAUAUUCAGAAAAAGAUCGAAAUGAAGAUCUGAUUAUCUACACUGAAGUACCCAAAUGUGCAAGUACAACUUUUAUGCAGAUUUUGUCAAAUGCUUGUAAAAAUUCUAAAACGUAUUCAACUCAUUAUACAAUGCCCCAGGUGAUACAGGAUCUACUAAAGGUACCGAGCUUUUCAAGUAAGCAAAAAUUUGUUAAAAUUCAAGUUCUACCAUUCACAAAACAGCCGUACAUUUUUAUGGGACAUUUAACUUUCUUUGAUUUUAAUGAGCUAGGAUACAAGCAGCCUUUAUUCAUAGACUUAGUUCGAGAUCCCGUCGAAAGGUGGAUAUCUUUAUAUUACUAUACUAGGGCAGAUUCGUACUUUAGAAACUGGCUGAAACUAACUCCUGACGAGAUAAAACAAACUCUGGGAGAUUGCCUUCACUUGUGGAUACGUCAGGCUGGUUGUAUGGGAAGGGAUGCCAAAGACACUGCAACAUGUUUAAAAGCAAGGCCAUUUUCUGGAUGCAAAGGGGGGCAUAUUGUUUCAACAUAUCCAGAGUGGUUUUCUGGUAAAUAUGCGCACAUCAAUUCUUCAAUGGUGUCCAUAGAAAGAGCUAAAGCCAACAUCGAGAAAUACUAUACAUUCAUUGGAAUAACUGAGCAUUUUAAAGAAACAUUGGUUGCCAUGGAGACUAUUUUACCUAGGUUUAAAAAUGAACUGUCUGAGGCAUACAAAUCAACAGAGAGAGCAAAUGUUGGUCAUAAUAAAGUGAGACCAAAUAAUUCAAGUAUUGCGGUGAUGAGAGAAUUGUUAGCAGAUGAUUAUGACCUCUACAAGUUUAUACUCCAACGAUUUUACAUCCAUUUGAAGUGUUUGGGUGUGCACGGUAUCAUAUGAAUACUAUAGUUUCCAUGGUUACGUUGCCAAAAGUAACUGAGAUAAAGCAAAAAUUGCGAUGUGAGUUGUAAAAAAACAAUUAGUGGAAAUAAAUAAGCUUUCUUGUUAAAUAAAAAUAGCAUUCUCUUGCUCGAAGACUUUUAACUUUCGAAUUACGAUUUCUUAUGUGGAGGAAAUGAACUGACUCAUCAGAGAAUAAAGAUUCUGUUUAUGAGAAUAUGUUUCUCUAAACUAUACAUAUUAGUAGGAGUGAAGAUUUAUAAUCAUCGGAUGGGUAUAAUUUAGAAAAUCAGAACUGUACGUUGACGAGUUAAGUUGUCUGUACGUUGAACAUGUUGAAAUCUAUGGGAUGUAACAAUGCAUUUGCAUUUGGCAUUUGCUUUUGUGUUGCUAGUUUGCCCA